CAGUACACUACCUUGCACUCUGUCUUUGACUUGACCUAACUCCGCACCGACGUCAAGAACACCAAAUGGCAACAAAAACCCUGCAUAUGCGCUGUGACUAGACGGCCGAAACGUUUGACAGUAACAUAACACGAUUCAUGAAGCCUCAGAGGCCAGCGGAUUCGGGCGAGGCGCGGCGGCCAAUCGGUUACUGGGCCGCGUUCAACGGAUGGUGGCGUGGCAAGCUGCGGGAGCAGGGAUGCCGGCCCUCACAAACUGAGUUGGCCGAAUGGUUUGAGGCAAACGCGCCAUACUGCUGGCAGCCUGACGAGGCGCCGUCUCUGAAGGAGCUGAAGACACACGCCAAAUGCCUUCGCUCAACGGAGCAAGUUCGCCUCUAUUUCCGAAAAUAUCGGGCUGCCCGUAAGGCGGGCUCUACCAACAGCGCUCGCGGCGCCUCCGACGACGGCGGCGGCGACGACAGCGACAGCGACGGCGGCGCCACGGCACCAAGCGGCCCACGCGCCCACUCGGCGCAGCAGCAGCGGCCCAGCACGAGCUAUGGGAGCGGGGCUGGCGGGGGCAGGGCGUCAGCGGGCGCCGCGUGGCAGGGCGUCACGUCGUGGCCGGGCUUGGGUGCGGGCGCUGACGGCGCCGCGGAGGGGAUGUAUGGGUUUGGCAGCGGCAUGCCGCUUCCGCUGCCGCCGCUGGGGCCGUUCGGGGAUGGCACUGUGGAUGUGGCUGCUGCGCAGGGGCCGCUGGCGGGCUUUGUGCCCUUCGCCUUCGGACAGCCGGGCGCUGGCGCGGGGCUGGGGCUGGGCGGCGGUGCGGCGGGGCUGUUCACGGCGGGGGGUGCCGGCGGCGCGCUGGCCGGCCUUGCCAUGCACCAACCCAGCGAGCAGCCCUACCCACCCAUCCAGCAGCAGCACAAGCAGCAGAACCGGCAGCAGCGGCAGCAGACGCCCGCAGUCACCACCACGACCAGUGCCGGCGGCGGCCGCGGGCGCACGCCCUACGCCAAGUACACGGCCCGCUGCCUGCCCGCCGGCACCGCCACCACCGCCAGUGGCGGCCUGCCGCCGCGCCACCAGCCGCCCGCCUCCGCCUCCGCUGGGCUAGCUACGCCGCCGCUGCCGCCCGCGCCCGCUGCCUCCACCGGCGCCGCCGUCAGCUUCUCCGCCGCCGGCGCGCCGCAGCACUGUACCAACGCUAUGCAGCGCGGCAUUGGCGGCGGCAUCAUGCUACAGCUGCCGUCGGCCGGCCUUGCUACUGCCGAUGCUACAGCCUCAGCAGCGUACAUGCAGCAGCCGCAGCAGCUGCAGCCGCUGUACCGCACCGGUUCUGCCGGGGCAAGGAUGCAGCACCCGGCGCACCCGGCGCCGCUGCUGCUACAGGGCGCACAUUCCGACCCGACGUCCCCAAGCGGCGGCGCUGACGGCGGCUUGGGCGCAGCAGCAGCAGCAGGAGGCGGCAUUAGCGGCGCUGCAGCAGCAGCAGGUGGUGGUGGUGGGCAGCGUCCUGCCAAGCGUCAGGCGGUGGGCCCCGCGCACCGCUCCAGCAGCUACAGCGGCCCCUACGGUGCCUUCGGCGGCGUUGACGGCAGUAGCAGUGCCGCCGCCGGCGAGCUGGAGGUUGGCGGCUACGGCUUUCUGACGGCGGCGCUGCCGGUCACCACCGGGGGCCCUUUCCUUCCCUCCGCGUCCCAGGUGUCGCACUCGGUGUCGCAGCCCGGAAUGCACUGCGGCCAGGCCGCGGCCCAGCCCCAUGAACGCCGCGUCUCCGCGCCCAACCCCACGACCCACAACGCGGCUGUGGCAGCAGGCGCCAAUGCUACAGCCGCAGCAGCUGGCGGCGCGCCCGCGACGCCCACCACUGCGACCAUGGUGGCGGCGGCGGUGGCGGCGGCGGCGGCGUCCUCGGCGCUGUCGCCCACGCUGGCCUUCUUCCGCGCCUGGCAGGACGCCGAUCAGCCCGCCGCCGCCUCCGCUGCCGCCCAGCUCGCCGGCGGCGCCAUGGCGGUCGGGGAUGUUGGCGUUGUUGCGGAUGUUUGCCGCGAUGGCAAUGUUGAUGAGGAUGGCAAUGUGGAGGAUCUGCUUCUGGACCUGCCGGCCUUUGAGGACCUGCUGCCCACCGCCGGCAGGAGCAGUGGCGGCGGCGCCGCCGCCAGGGCGCAGCGCAACAGCGGCAAAGCACCUGCGGUGCCGCUGGCGGCCGGGUUUGAGGGCUUGAGUGCGGCGGAGUUGAGCAGCGCUCUGUCGCUGCCGCUGACGCCCGGUGGCGGUGUGGGCGGCGGGCUGCUGGCGCUGCUCCAAGAGGACGGCGGCUCGCCGCUGCUGUCCUCCCCGGCGCUGCUGCGGGCGGUGGCGGCAGAGCAGGAGCAGGUGGAGGCGGCGUGGCGGCCUGGUGCUCCACAGCAGCAGCAGCUGCGGCGGCAGGGCAGUGGUGACGCCAUGGAUGUGGAUGCGGAGCCGGCGCCCGAACAGCAGCAGCAGCAGCACCGGCCGGCUAUAGCACCGGCGGCCGUCAUGCCCGCGGCCAGCUGCGCCGCCACCGAGGCCACCAUGCUGCAGCUUGCGGCGGCGGCAGCGGCAGGCGCAGCGGCGGGGGCCCCGCACCAGCGACACGCCAGCGUCGGCAGCGGCCGCGUUGCGGCGGCGGCUCCGGCCGCUGCUGCCCCGGCCGCUGCCUCGACCCCGCCUCCGCCCGGCGGCGACAUGGCCUGGUGGCUUCAGGCGCCCGGCGGCGCGGCCGCCGGCAUAACGCUGCCGCCGCUGCGCACCUCCGCCUCCCAGAUCCCCAGCUACAGCGGCAGCGGCCCCUGCCCGGUCGCCUCCUCAACGGCUGUGACCGAGGAAGAGACAGGGGCGGCAGGGCAGCAGCCGCAGGCUGCUGCCGCCACCACUGCCGCUGCCGGUGUUGCAGUUGGCGACGGCGGUGGUGAUGGUGACGGUGGCGGCACAUUCCAGGGCUUCCGGCUUUCGGCGCUGGUGACGCCCACCGCCGCCCAGCUGGCCAGCGCUGGUGCGGGCCCCACGCCGGAGCAUGCGGCCGGGGGCGGGCCUGGCGCGCACGGGGUGUGCGGCACGCCCCCGGGGCCGGGGUCGGGGUCGGUCGGUGGUGGCGGUGGCGGUGGCGGUGGCGGCGGCGGCGGCGGCGGCGCCCCUCGCGGCAGCCCCGGGGUGGCGGGUCUGUCGCCGGCCAGCACGCAGCGGAUCAUGUCGCUCCUGGGUAUGGCGGCGCCCUUGGGUGACCGUGACGGCGCACGUGACUGCAGCGGCCACUGCCAGCAUGAACAACUGCACAAACACCAGCUGCAAGAGAUGGAGAAGCUCCAGCAGCAGGAGAUGGAGAUGGAGCAGGAGGGGGCGAUGGAGGAGGCGGAUCGCUUGGCACUUGCGCCGGUGUCGCUGCCGGUGGCGCAGCCCGCUGUGGGGCCUGCCGACGCGGAGAUGGCGCCGGCGGUGGCGGAUGGCGCUCGGCUGCCGGCGCCGGCGGCGGGCGGGGCGGGCGGGGCGCGGGCCGCGCAGCCGGCUUGGUCGGAAGUGACGCUGGCGGCGGACUCGAUGGCUCUGACGCUGGCGGUCACCAGCGGAGGCGGCUUGGAGGCUGCUGGUGGUGGUGCGGGUGCGGACCAGCAGCAGCAGCAGCAGCAGCAGGCGAGUCAGCAGGUCGCGACGUCUGCGUUUGCGAGCCGGCAGGCUCAAGCAGCAGUCGGGCCGAUGUCGGCAUGCGGGGCAGAGGCCCCCUUCGCCAUCGCCACGCCCUUCAACCCCCACACCCAGUCGCUGCCCUACCACCCCCACCACCAAGACCACCAACCGCCACAGCCGCAGCACUCGGAGGAGCUCUCCCUGCCCGCCGGCACUUACCCCGCCAUCUACAGCCAGCAUCCUCACCACCACCACCACCACCAGCACCAUUCGGCGGCAUGUGCCCCGUGGCCGCCCACCGCCGUCGCCUCCACCUACGCCUACGGCAUGCCGCCGCCGCCGCUGCAAGGCAGCCACUCCGCCCCCGCCGGUGCAGAGUGCGCCGCCGCCGACCCCGCCACCGCCGCCCACAUGUCGCAGCUGCAGCCGCACCCGUACGGCUGUAGCAGCGGCUACCCGCCGUACCCGACGCCGCACUACAGCUACUGCGGCGGCGGCGCGCCGCCGCACCCGGCUUACGGCAUGCAGCCGCCGCACACGCCCGCGUAUUACGGCUACCCCCCUCCCCCUCCGCCGCAUUAUCACCCAGACAUGUACGGAGCAUGGCAUCAACAUCAUCAUCAACAGCAGCAAGCAGCGGCAUAUUCCAUGAUGCCGCCGCCGGGGCCGCACGGGCAGUUCGGCUACCCGCCAGCGACGCCGUACGCGGUGCCGUACACGCCGCACACGUCGUCGUACCCGGGCGCGCCGCCGCCCCACCCCUUCAGCGUGCACCACCACCCCCACCACCCCACCAUGCCCCCGCCCGCCGCCGCCGCCGCGGCUGGGCCCCACCACCACCCCACGGCCGGCGCCACACCAGCGUCAUGCGCGGCAGCUGCAGCCGCCGCCGCAGCCCAAAUGCCGCCGCCGGCCACCAUCCCGCAGCCGCGACAGCAACUCCAACAGCAGCUCACCAAGGCCGCUCAGCCGCCGAUACAGCAGCAGCCCAUUUUUACGGCGGCUGCCGCCGCCGCGGCCGGCGGGCCACCGGAGGCGUCCAGUGCCGCGGUGCGCGCCGCCGCGGCCGCCGCCGCCGCACGCAAGCUGGCGGGCGGCUCGUUGACCCUGCUGGGCGCCGGCGCCGGCGCCGCCUUGGGAGUCGCCGCCGCCGGCGGCCGCGGAGCCGGCGGCGCGUUGGCGCCGUUGCGGCCCACUGGCGCGGAGCCGCUGAUGCCAGGCCGCUACGUGUGGCAGGCCACCGCCAAGCCCGGCCGCGGCGCCGACUCCUGCGCCCCCGCCGCCACAGGCGAGGGCGGCGGCGAGUACGGCGACGCCUGCGGCGGCAGCGGCGGCGGCGGCGCACAGCCGGCCUGCUCCGGCGGCGGGCCGCAGGCGACGGCGACGACGCUGGUGGGCGCGAGCCACUGCUCCGCGGGGCACGCCUGCUACAGCGAGAGUGUGGGUGUGGCGCAGGCGACGCCGCAGGCGCAGGCGCUCACCGCCACUCCGUGCAAGGGCGGCGGCGGCCGCGGAGGCGGCGGCGAUGAGGAGGAGGUCAGCUGCGGCCGCGGCCGGUGCGGUGGCGGCGAUGGCGACGGCGGCGAGGACAGCGGAGCGCAGGCAGGCGGCGCCGCCGGCGGCGCCCCCGCGGCCUCUGACGCGCAGCUCAUGCCGCCGCCGCCGCCCAGGCUGCCGCCGCAGUCGCGCCUGCCCGCGCUCGGAGCGCCGGCCGGCUCCGCGGCUGCUUGGGCUUGUGCUGCUGACGAGGAGCCCGCGGCUGUCAAGGGUGGUGAUGGUGAGGGCGACCAAGAGGAGUCGGAGGCUGAGCCGGAGGCCUCGGAGGUGUCGGGCGAAUCGGAUGGCGGCAUGGAGGACGAUGGGCUGCAGCAGGCGCAGGAGGCGGUGUCGGGUGGGCAGGCGGCUGCGGACAUGGACGCUGCGGGCCCUGAGGAUCGCCCAGACCAGGUCCGGGGUCAGGGCCGGGGCUGCCAGCCUGUUGGCGAUGAUGGCCACGCCUCUGACGCCGAGGUCGAGGACCGCAGCAGUGAUGAGGAGGAGGCGGAAGAGGAGGAGGAGGGGGAGGAGGAGGAGGAGGAGGAGCCGCUACUGGACGUCUCGGCAAUCACCGCCGGCCUGUUCUCGCCGCCGCUUUCGUCCCAGUACAACCCCUACGCCCACUCCGGCGGCGGUGGCGCCGGCAGCGCGCCCCCUGCCGCCACCGCCACCACCACUGCCACUGCCACCACCUGCACCACGGCUGACGACGAGGCUGCUGGCGCCGGUGGGAGCGGAAGCGUCUUGGCCUCCCCUCCGCCAGUGUCCCGCCGCCGCCGUUCCGCCUGCCUGCCGGGCAGCUCCCACUCCCACCCCCACCCCCAGGGCCUGCAGUCCCGCCCUGUUCGAGACGGCCGCGGGCUCGCCGCCGUUGUGUCUGCUGACCACGAGCAACAACAUCAGCAGGAGCAGCAGCUGCAGCAGCAGGCGGCUGACGCCACGCCCAAGGCAGGGGCGGGGCUCGGCUCCACCUUCGUCUUCGCGGCUGCGACGCCUGUGCAGACGGUGUCGGCCUUCGACGUGGGGCCGCGGCGGCACCCCUUCAGCUCCUACACAGCGCCGGCACCAGCGCCUGGGCCCGCGCCGGCACUCCCUGGCGCGGCCGCCGCCCGCCGUGGCGCCCAGCUGGGCCCCACAGAAACCCCUCACGGCGCGGCCGGAGGCGCGAGCGCCGCCGGCCCCUUCGCCGCGCCCACGCCCGGCUCUGCUACAGCCGGCGCAGCGGCAGCGGGUGCUGCUACAGCCGCGGAGCUGCUGGCGGCGUCGGCGUCGCCGCUCAGCGGCUCGCUGUUGGCGUCCUGGCUGACCAGCCCUGCAGCUAGCCUGGAGGCAAGCCUGGCGGGCAGCCGCAGUCUGGGGCUGCUCAGCCCGCCGCCGCCGCGUUCGGCCCAGGCGGCGGCGCAGGCGGCGGCGCAGCUGCAGGCGCCCUACAGCUGCGGCCGCGCGCUCGGGGGUGGUGCGGGUUCGUCGGCGCUGCGGCUGCGGCUGCGCCGUCAUUGGGGAGGGGAGGGGGCUGUGGCGGUGGAGGCGAGGACGCCCAGUGCUGCGGGCGGUGACGCCGGCGCGGAGGUGUUUGCGUUGGAGCCGCGGGAGCUGCUUGCGGGCACCCCGUGCGGCGGCGGCACUGUGGGGCAGCCGCACGCGGCCCAGGCGGCGGUGGCGGCGGUGAUGGUGAUGGGCAGGACCGCGCAGCAGGACCACGCGCAAGAGGACGUGGAGGAGGUGGGGGACGUGGAUGUGACGGCCCAGAUCCGUAUCAGCUACAUGCCGCCGCCAGCAGCAGCUGCAGUGGCAGCGGUUGCGUCUGCGACGGGUGGGCUGCCGUGUGGCGCGGCUGGCGGCGGUAAGGGCGCUGUCGCUGGCGCCAUCGGCGCUGCGGUCGCGCCACUCGCGCUUCUGGCGGGCUCAAAGCAGCAGCAGGGGCAGAGCCCGGUGCUGGGCCAGAACCCGGUGUUGUGAUGGCCCAUGUGAUUCUAAUUUGAGCUGCGGAUGUGUGGGCCUGGUUUGGCGGGCGGGGGAGCACACCAGCUAGCGUGUGUUCGGGGAUACCUGGGAAUGGAAGACGCUAAGACUGUGUGCGCACGUGUGGGCUGCCUAGCUCUUCAUAUCUACAACUAGAAACGAUACCUGUUCUUCCUUUCUAUUUGUACUGCCGCGAUUGUGCAGCAGGGCGCCGUGCGUUGGGGUGUAGGCGACAGGAUUGACGCUUACAUCACCACGCGCCGCCAAACCUUGUGUCGUUGACUUUGUGACGUCGCGCCAUACAAUACACGCGGCGCUUAAGUUACGAUCCAACUCCUAGGCCUGAUAAGCUGUGAUUUGACGGUUGAUUAUGUACGGUGUCGUUUUUGUCAAUACCGGUAGCGUCAAUUCGCUUCGCAUUGCCAUCAUUCGACUGCCAUGUGCAUGCGCUGCUGGACUGCUACUGCGUCAGGCUGUGCCUCCCAGACGUGUACUAUGCGUUGACUCUUUGACUCCUAGUGCCAAGUCAAUGGCUGCUUGACUCCUCCUAGUGCCUUAAGUCCAUAAGUAUAGGACCAGUGCUGCCGUGUGGGAGUGCUGGUAGCCUGCCCCGUUGCAAGGGCUAGUGAUUAGUGAAGCGGUAGCUGCUGGCGGGUUAUUCAUGGGUCCAUACGGCCCUGUUCUCUUUGCUAUCACUUUUCUGCAUCGGCCCGGCGCCAAGGCGCCACAUUAAUUUGGGCAAACUCCGGGACCCUGCUACACGGACACUGUUGAUGUGCUGGUGCGCGAGAGAAAGGAAAACAAACGGUUGGCGUGCGGAGAGUGGGCGACACUCGAGGCACACCGCGACAUGGCAGAGCGCGCUGUUGUAACAAAGCAGGCAA